GCGGUAAUGCGGAUGAAAAAUAUUAAAAGCACAACAACAGACGACAAAGAACAGCAAGACACCGACAACAGUUACGAAAGACUCAGCCACAUCGCACCAAGACGUGAAGUACCUGAACAAUAUGAUGAACUAAAUAGAUCAUCACAGCCAAGUUCCACUAACAAUAUGUCCCUACCUGAGAAUGACCCCGAGAAUUUUUAUCAUGUACUCGAGGGUACUGAUCAGUCGGUAGAUGACGAGACGAUGUAUCAAGUAAUCGAUAAAGACCCGUGUGAGGAUGAUUUGUACGAAAGGAAUGUUUUGUACGACAAUGUGGCUUAGAUAACUUCAUGCCAGGGAAAACAAAAAUGCAUACAGGACGAUAUGAACUAAUAAACAAAAACAUCAACGUUUUAA